AACCACCUUUUUCAUAAUUACUUGUACACUGCGCACCUAGCUCUACAGUACUUGUCCCGUAGCGUGAGCUUUUAUACAGUUUGCCUCUAAUAUUUAUAUAAUUUUUGCUGACUACACAUUCAUGACUACUGACAGCAGUAACAGCACUCUUCAGUUUUUAAGACACACUACUUGGAACAGAGCGUGCAUUAAGUUCAGAUGGUAUUACACCGUUUCCGAACGAGAUCAGAAGCACCGCUGUGUUAAUGUGUUAUGUGGUUUCUCUCAUAAAUUCAUACAAAACCUACUAUACCCGAAUAACGAUCAGAAAACAGAAUUUCGUUAGUAUAUCAGUUUUGUUAUUGCGCGAGAUAGUGCUAAGUGCUACAUUUGCGAUGAGCCAGCUAACUGUUCCUCCUGUCAAAUGCAAAAUCUGCGGCGGUACCUCAUCGGGAGUUCAUUACGGUGUCGUAUCUUGUGAAGGAUGCAAGGCAUUCUACAAACGGUGUGUGGAGAAGAAGCUGUCCUACCAAUGCUAUUUUGGCGGGAAAUGCUCCAUUUCUGCACGGCGGGGUCGCUGCAAAUCCUGUCGGUUUAAAAAGUGUGUGGAAAUGGGCAUGAGUUUCCAAGCGGUUAAAAUGGGAAGGAUUCCAAAACACGAAAAGGCCGCUCAGUUGGCGGCGCUUUUGCAGAGCGUUACCGAUGUUGAAGAUUCCACCUCGACGUCCACGUCGUCGGGAUCACCUGUUGAGCAGCCUACAGUGAGUGCCCACAACCAACAGAUAUCCAACAACACAGAUCCACAGCGCGCGAACAACCCCGGAUCUAUCGAGAACGCAGAUAUGUCGACCGCUACAUUUCCGCCAGUGGCGGCGUUCAGUACUAGAAGUAGUAUUGACAUCAGCGAACCGAUAUUCGACAGCAUAUUUGAUGGUCUCGACGUGGCUGAGUUCCAGGCCGAUGUGGCAUCGUCCAGUAUGGACGUACAAGCUGUGGACCAAAUAAUGCCGGUUCAGCCGCAAUUUCCUGUAUUUCUGGAUAAUUAUCUGGCGAUCACUGAGCAGCGCAACGCCAACCUGCGGCAGACUGCGAUGGCGGUGACCGAUGCGGUGACCUUAGUGUACUGGGACCAGAUUGAGACCUGGACCGCGUUCAUGACUAACUCCAUUGGAGCAGGUGAAAACACGAAUCCUCCGCACGAGCUGAAUUUAGACGGCUUUCCACAAUUAGCGCGCGCCAUCUAUGACGACGACCAGCGUCGUAUGAUCGGCUUCGCCAAAGCCAUUCCGGGUUUUGCAGAUUUGUCUACUCCCGACCAGGAUGCCUUAAUCUCAGAGAAGUUCACCCUGGUUUGGCUGUUCCAUCAUGCGCCGUAUACCAGCGCUGGAGAAGUUUUCUACCUAGCCGGUUUUGAGGACUUCCACUAUGGGCGGUACUGGAUGGAUCAAACACUGGAUCCAAACUUUAUCAAAGCCAUUUUAGCGUUUAUGGAUGCACUGAACGAACUACAAUUAACACUAACAGAGAGCUACGUUCUUAUGGCCAUCGGCAUGUUUCGACCCGAUACUACACGAGCGGGUAAUACGUCUUUGUUAGGCGCUCUACAAGCGCACUACAUGGACGUUCUCCUGUAUCUCAUCCGUAGUCGCAUGUCGCCCGCCCUACUCUCGCGCACCUUGAAGUACCUGAAAGAAAUACUAAAGAAACUGCCAUGCAUACAAGGAAUCGCCACGGACUAUGUUAACAAGAUCGAUCUAGAGCAACUGCCCUUUCGGCCAUCACACGGAGGCGAUUUUGCGUCUAUUCUGCGCUACGUUUGUAAAGAAUGCACGCACGGCUGCACGCAUAAGAUACCGGCAUUGGCCAACUGCUGCCAGAAACGUUGGCCAGGUCCCGUAAUCCAGUUGUCAUGAGCAAUAAUUUCGGCGAAAACAUUUGUUUUCGUCUUUAAUUUAUCUUAAGCAGUAAUUUGGAAGCAGAUGAAGCUGUAAAAAUAGUUCAAAUACCGGCUAUGCUGUUUCCGCACUCUGGUCAAAACUGACGUUCAAAAUAUCAAUAGAAGUAGCAAGAACUUGCUAUAGCUAGACUAUAGCAAGUACUUGGAAGUAGCUAUCCUGCAGUUUUUUACGCAACUGCACUUUGGUGGCUUUUGCAGUGAACGCUUAUGCAAUGCGGUUAACAUUAUAUUACCAAAAAGCUAAAAGCAGUUUUGGGAACUCGAUUUUAGUUGUAAGGGUUUCAGAUUAAUUAUGAACAGCGUAAAAAUUAUUAAAAGCGUUCGCAAUCGUUAACUGCGCUCGCCAUCUCGUAGCAAAUUGGCAGAAGUUCAGUACGCCUUCUUAUACUACUCCAUGAUAUGGCUUUGGUAGCAAACUAUGUA